GGGAACGUGCAUUGUGCCUCUGUGAACUGCAGCUCUUCGUCUCGUCCGUGAGCUGCGCACUCCUGUCCUGGAAACCGAGCAAAGAGCAGGGGGAAAAUGGAUAGAGUUCUGAGACUUGCCAUUGUGGGGAGUAUCCUGUGCGAUGGAUCUGUUUGGGGGAAGUACGUCAAGGGUGUCGUGAACACCAAAGAGGACUGGGUGUUUCUGACGAGGUUUUGUUUCCUCACUGAUUUUGGCAGACUGGACUUCAAGUUUCGUUACCCCAAGUCACGCUGCUGUCAGAACAUAUUGCUGUACUUUGAUGAAAGCUCACAGUGGCCAGCUGUAUACAAAAGGCCAGACAAGGACUGCUAUCAGAAAGAGGCCGUCCUGAGGCCUGAAAACAACCAAGUCAUUAACCUUACCACCCGUUACACCUGGUCUGGAUGUGUGGUUGAAGAAGAGGAUGAUGAAGAAAUCCUCAGCUGUGUCGGAGGGCGUAGCUUCCGUUCAGUCAGAGAGAGAUGGUGGUAUAUUGUGCUCAGCAAGUGUGGGGGCGGAGGGUUACAGCUGGAGUAUGAGAUGAAGCUAACUAAUGGGCAGUCUUUCUGGAAACAACAUUUUUCUGCAGACGAGUUUGGAAUUCUGGAAACCGACAUCACCUUCUUGGUUAUAUUUGCCAGUGUAUUUUCUCUCUCCUGCUAUUUUGCAUAUAACCUGAAAGGAAGACAGCUGCUCCAUACCACAUAUAAGAUGUUUAUGACAGCAGCUGGAGUAGAGGUUUUCAGCUUGCUCUUCUUUUGUAUCUACUGGGGUCUGUAUGCCAGAGACGGAGUGGGGAACGGGUGUCUAAAGAUACUUGGAAAAUUGCUGUUCUCUGUGAGUUUCCUGAUUUUCCUCCUGAUGCUGAUUCUCUUGGGGAAAGGCUUCACUGUCACACGAGCAAGAAUAAGUCACAGUGGCUCUAUCAAGCUGUCUAUCUACAUGACCAUCUAUACAAUUACCUACAUCAUCCUCUUCAUAUAUGAAGCUGAGUUUUUUGACCCAGGUGAAGUCCUGUAUGCGUAUGACAGUCCUGCAGGAUAUGGGCUGAUGGGCCUCCAGCUGCUGGCGUAUGUGUGGUUUUGUUAUGCUGUGCUGGUGUCUCUUAAGCAUUACCCAGAGAAACAGCCAUUCUACAUCCCUUUCUUUGCUGCGUACACUCUCUGGUUUUUUGCCGUACCCGUCAUGGCUCUUAUUGCCAACUUUGGUAUAUCUCGAUGGGCCCGGGAGAAGAUUGUGAAUGGGAUUCAGCUUGGCAUCCACCUCUAUGCCCACACUGUCUUUUUAAUCAUCACACGUCCAUCAGCAGCUAAUAAGAAUUUCCCCUAUCACGUCCGAACAUCUCAAAUCGGCAUACUACUGUCAAGUCCUAAAGAGAUGGGGGCAGAGGGCUUCCCUCAUCAUGCCUAUGGGAACAGCUCCUUUUUGGGAGACUCUCAGCCUAACUUCACUGAACUCUUCUCCAUCCAGUCAGUCUCUGUGAAAAAUAUCAACGAUGCCAUGGGAUUCAAGGGACAAGAAAUGGCUGUGAACGCCGAGCAGAAAAUCAUCACCACGUCAUCACCGGUUGACUUUUCAACAACAUUUAGUCCGGCACCAGCCAGCUCUGCUCUAUCGCCUCCUCCGAGGCUGUCCUCUCAUUUUACUGAGUAUUUCAGCAUGCAGGGCAGAACAGUCUCUCAAGCAUAGCGAAGUAGACUUAGGUCUUUGGUGGAAGUGACAACUGAGUUCGAGUACAAAAGUGUGUUAGUGAUUUGUGGGGAAAAAAAUGAUUCCGUUGUGUAGGAUGUGCAACAGGAUUUGCAGCAGAGAGGCUAGGGGGAGAUAUGAAGUGCUAAAUUUAAAGCAAUAAAUAUUUCAGCCGGAUAAAGGUGACUCUCGAGAGGACAUUUUGGUUGUACAUAUAAUUACCAAUAGCACAGCACAGUAUAUUACGAAUGUAAGAUAUUCAGUAUGCAGAGUUUUAAGAUACAGAUAUUUUAUGUGUACAUGUAUAGAAGUGUAAGAUUUUUUUAAGUGUAAAAAAAAAAAAGGUCACGUUUUUGUUUUUGUUUUUGUUUUUGUUUACACACUUAUUUUCCAAGUGGUGCUGUUAAUAUUUGCAUUUUCAUGCCAUUUUAUUUGAAAAGAAGAAGCAACAAUUCACUGAAUAGUCUCAUGUUUCAGUUUGUUUGUUGUACAUUUUAUAUAUGAUGAUCUUUAAUUUGCAUCCAUCUUUUUAUGAAAAUUCGACUACUUGAGAAUUAUCAUAGUUAAUAGGGAUCUGCUUACGGAAGGGAAGAAAUACCCCCCCCCUUGAAAUAUUUCUCUAGUUCAGUACCUGCAAUAAUUACCUUUAGUAUUUGUGUGCAUGUUGCUUGUAAACGACCGUAACUUCUAACCUCGUUAUUAGUUUUGCUCUGCACCAGGAGCAAAUAUGGCCCUGUAAGCCCACAUAUGACCCAGUGCAAAUCCUUAGGGUAAGGAAUGGCAAAUUAGUAAUGAUAACAAUAAAAAAAAGAAACAAUUUUAAUUCAGAACUGGUUAUAGGAUACAUUACAUUUGUGUAUGUCCAUUUUUUUUCUGUAAUAGAGAAUGAGAUAUAUAUAUAUAUAUAUAUAUGUACUGCAUGUCAGACAAUUCAGCACAUGGUUAUUGGUGAGGUUCUUUGGCAUAGUGACAUAACUCUCCAUUAACUGAGACGAUGGCACAUUUUAAGUUUCACAGCAGAUUUUAAUAAAUAAAAACAAUUAUUUAUGUAACUUGUA